AUGAAUCUGGAUAUCUAUUUCCUCUUUUAUUUUUUUGGGAAACGAGAGGUAAGCAAGACAGCCGAAGACAAAUCACAACACAGGCAUCCGUGGAAACAGCAGGGUCCCCUCGACAGGCAAGGGGAACGGACACGGUUGAGGGUGAACAAAAGAGGACGCCCAGGAUACGAGGCUGUCGUUAGUUUUUCUCUGAAGUGCCUGAAGGUAGGAAACGGGCCAGGGGUCUGGACCGACUGGGCCCCGCCACGGCCACGCCAGGCAGAGCGGCCAGCGGACCUGCACCCCCAUCCACGCCGGCCAGGACGGCCUUCCAUGCGGGAUGACGAGACUGCGAAAACCCACAUGUGCUUCCUUCCCCGACGCGGCCCGCUCCUCGGGGCCCCCGCCCUUCCCCACGCCAUCCUGCGCCCCUCGCCCCCUCUCCCACCAUGGAAUCUAAGACCUUUCAGCCGGCCGAGCCAGAGGCGGGGGUCCUAA